CGGAAGUUGCAGCGAGUCGGUGCUUGAUUCAGUCAAAGAAGAUCAAAACUUCCACAUUUAUAUAUAAGCGUGUUUGGGGGGGGUGGAGAGGCCAAGACAUUCCGGCCAUCGAAUUUGACCAUAGAGUCCGAGAAGAAGCGAAGCAUCUCAAGAGAGAAAGUAGGGAUUCGGAUCAUCAAUGGAGGAUUCACAACGCGAAAAGCCGCUGAGAAAAAUUUCAGAUUCGUUUAAGGAACUAGCAGCGACUGUGAAUUCGGAAGGCGGGGAUGUGGAGGUGGCGUUUUUCUCUCGCGCUUGCGCUUUGAUUUCGCCUCUAUUUGAUUGCCUGGGCAUUGCUUUCAAGUUCGCUGAAAUGGAUUACGUGGCUAAGGUUGCUGAUCUUGCAGAGGCAUCAAAAUCUAUUUCGACACUGGAAGCUCUGCUUGAUCGGGAUAUUGAAGCAGACUGUGUCAGGAAAGCUGGCAGUCAUACGAGAAACCUAUUGAGAGUCAAGCGUGGGCUUGAUCUGACCAAGGUCCUUUUUGAGCAACUCCUAGCUUCCGAAGGAAACUCCCUAAAGGAUGCAGCUUCGAAUGCUUACGCACAGGUGUUUUGUCCCUACCAUGGCUGGGCUCUCAGGAAAGCUGUUGCGGCAGGGAUGUUUGCCCUUCCAACAAGGGUGGAGCUAAUGAAGAAGCUUAACGAAGACGAGGCCUCAGCGAGCAAUCAGAUGCAAAUUUAUGUUGCUUCGGCAGCUCCAGUCAUAGCGUACAUUGAGAAACUCUUCCAUUCCAGACAACUGGGUAUUGAUUGGUGAUUGUUAACGGGCUAAUAGUAAUAAUAAUAAUCAAUUUAUGUAACUCGAAGUUAUUCGUAGGCUGCGCUGCACUAUUUUUAUUGAACUUACAUCUCGUAAGAUUCUAUUAAGGAUUCAUGUAUUUAAAAACGUUGCUGCUGUGAUCUGGAUUAAUAAUAGUUAUUGAAUAAAUUAGUGAGAAUUAGCAGUUUUUGCC